AUGUAUAGUCUAGUCAAUAAGAAAUGGAAGCAGCAGCAGCAGAAGAAGAGAAGACAAAUGAAUGGAGAAGAGAGAACGGAGGAGCGGCCGAAGGACAAGAGCGUGGGUCUGGCGACAGCGGUGGGUGGAAGCAGGGAGCUGGGAGGAGAAGCGGGCGGAGGAGACGGCAAGCUGGCUGAGCUCCGCGAGCUAAGUACUAGUAGUAGUGGUGGUAGUAGUAGUAGUGAUGAGGAGAGCAGAAGGAAAGGUGGAAGCAGAGACAGAGGCGGGAACACAGAGGGACAGCGACAAGCAAGAGGCCCCUCAGGCGGGAGGAGGUACCGCCCAGCGACCUCCCAUUGCCGCCGUCGGCCCACCAAUGAUGAGGUACCUGUCAAGUCGCAGGCUCGCCACUGCUUGCCGGGCCUGGGAGCCGAGCCUAGCUCCUACGGGGCUAGCCUGCUGGGGCACAUCCAGCCAAUCAUAUCGCGGGGUGGGGGUGGUUGGAGGACGAGGAUGCAAACACGACAAACAGGUAUCUCUCCGGGGAAAGUGAGGCGGGGAAAUGGACAGUGGACUAAGAAAGUAAGCAUCCGCCAGGAGCAGGAGAGAGAGGGAGAAUACGAGAGAAUUGGACAUGUUAUACUCUUCAUCUGA